UAUUAGUGACCACACAGCCACUGGGAUACCGCAUAUUCUCCGAAAUGGGCGUAUCGCGUUCAUUUCAUCGGCGGCCACCGACCAGUGCAUGGCUAUGCAGCAUAGCUGUAGCGCUGCGACCGCAUCGAUAAAGGCUUGUCGAGCUAUCCGCCCUCACUGUAGCACCUCUGUCCAGCCCCCACCAUCCUCCCGCACAUUGCUUUCAAUACGAUGCAAAGACCCUCCGAGUCGUCAGUUGAAGCACUCAAUCUUGCCGAAGCGAGGCGGCGUUCAACGUCGAUAGACGCAAUACAGUCAUACUCCGGCCGCGUCCCCCUUGAAGUGUCAUGGGAGGUUCUCGAUAUCAUGGAGCAACCUGAGCUGUGGGCCUCGGCGUUGGUCUGCAGGCGAUGGAAUGCGUACGCCACCAAAAAGCUCUAUGGCUCGAUCGAGCUCCGCAACCGCGAAAGCUUCAUGCUGUUGGUUCGUGCGAUGCACGAGUCUCUUGGCGUCAAGCUAUGGCUCGCGGAGACACGCGUUCUAGUCGUCUCGGAUCGCGAUUUUUGCGGAGACCCAUUGGAAGCUCAACGGAACGCCAGCAGUCCCUUCCUACACGUUCUACCGUUAGUCUUCGGGCACGCCUUCGCUCGUUUGUACACCCUGAAGAUUGACGGAGGCCUACAUCCCGCUAUGCACCCGUCCUUUUACCGCUCCUUGGCCCGUUUUCGACGCCUCACAUCAUUACACCUAUCGAGAUUCUAUCUGCACAAUAUGCAGGACCUACUGCGGAUCAUAUCUGCCUUUCCGCUCCUCGAAACUCUUGCUCUACACGAUGCAAAAUUCAUUCAAUCGCACCCUUUGAGCGACGUGGUCAUCAAACGGUUCGCGUCCAAGUCGCCCAUCCGGCUUCAAAGACUCAGUAUCGACGAGGAUACAUUCGCCGUUAUCAUCGACUGGAUUGAGCGGUCAGGUGUCUGCACCUGCCUGCGUGACCUCGCAAUUGUGCCAUCCAAAGGCGGCCUUCGAAUGGUUGACACAUUCGAACCUCAACGUACGCCCUACCUAGGAUGCAGAUGGCAGAGCUGCGGCAUCUUGAUUCACAAUGCGAGCAUUGGUGAGGUAAGAAGUCAUCUGGAAAAAACCCACAAUGUGUGCGGACCGAGGAAGAGGAGGAGGAGGAGGGAACCGACGUUGGGUAUCAAGUCACUCGAAUGCUGCUGGGAUGCAGAUGACAAAGGUCACAAAUGCGGGCGCGCGUAUGACACCGUUGUCAACCUGUUCAAGCAUAUAAACCACGUCCACUGGCAUCCUGGACCCUUACACUUCGUAUGCUGGUAUUGCAACACCAACUUCUCUCGUGCAGACUCUCUGAGGCGGCAUGAAGCCACGCAUUGCCGUUUGCUCAGAGGAAGUCUAGAUGACGAGACGAUGGAGCCACUGACAGUCCCCCCAUACUGGGAAUCAUUCCCAACCGACUCACACGCAUCUAGAUUUCUCCGGUUCUGCUCAGACGUCGCGGGACGGCUGGGUGGCUUCCUCUCCGCCGCGCGAAACCGUCAGCUCCAGCGGGUCACGAUAUCUUCUCGUGCCGAUGCCGGACCCAACUUCAAUAAUGACAAGAUCUGUCGAGUUCUCAAGGAGCUCGACUUGCGAGAUUUGCACAAGAUCAUGGAUGGACCAUGCUUCGAGGGCCUGGUCGUGGUCCAGGCGAAAUGGAGUAUUGGGACCUACGAAGUGGAUCCGGAUGCGAGGGAUGGCGUCAUCCAAGGUUUUACCACCCUGGUUCGUGAGUUGUUCGCCCCAUGGAUCAGACGCGGUCUGGUCGAUCUCUCCUGUGAAGCGGUCUAGCCCUGUGACGAUGUUCUUGCGACCAUAGAUAAUGCGCA